AUUUUAAUAACUACUAGAAUCAUUCAAUGUUUCCAAUACUCUUUGAGGUUUGUUCAAACCCUUGACACAUUACCAUGCUGAAAGAUCGGACAACGACAACCAUUUCUGUUAUGCUUUUACUUCCCAUUUACAAUGUGUUUAAUGGAAACCAUGGAUCCAAACAUUACCAGCACGGGGUCAGAUUUAUCAUUUUCUUCGUAUUUACAUUCACCGAUCGAUAAUUAUAUGUUGUAUCUAAAUUGUCAUUCGUACGAGCAAUGUUUACCCUAGAUACAGAACAUGUUGAAAAGAUUGAACCUGAGUAGAAAUAUAUCAACUGAUGUAUCUUUAAUUGAAAAUAUUUGAACAUUGGUCUUGUCGUUGAAAAGUUGAAUUGCAUUGUGUACAUACCUCUGUGUGAGAUAGAAUGUUAAAGUAUAUUUUGUUUUUAACAAUGUCUUGUGCUUAGUGGUUAACACGGUCUGGAUUAACUAUAAAGUGACGUUGUCUGAUUGAGCGGAUCCGCGGCAUUCUGUAGCACUAGAUGCAUCAAUGAUCACCUUUCAAAAAGUGGGUUUAAUUUUGUUCAAGAAAUUCAAUUCUUCUAUAUUAAGCAAAGUAGUAACAACCUUUAACACUGCGUCUUGAAAUGACAUGAACUUGUCAAUCCUAUCGGACUUAUAAUAUAUCUUCAACAGAAAUUGCGUUAUAUACACUGGUGUGUAUAAAAGAAAUACAAAUGGGAGAGGAAUUGCAUCGGGAAUUCACUUGUCCAAUCUGUGCCGAUAUCUUUACGAAUCCUAAAGGACUCCCCUGUCUUCACUCUUUUUGUAGGGAAUGUCUACGUCUUUACAUCACAAAACAACAGGAAAAUAAAGGAAGGAACUGUGAGUUUUCAUGCCCUGUGUGUCGUUACAAUGUGGUUCCUCCCGAUGUCCAGAAACCCGUGGAAGAUUGGGUGGACCAGUUUCCAAGCAACCAUCAAAUUAUCAGUCUCAUGGAUGUUAUGCUUCCGAAGAGAAACAACACACCUUGUAAUCUGUGUCAAAAACGUGAUAUUAGCACUAUAGCUGUGAAUGUCUGUCGGACAUGCCACGAGGAAUAUUGUGCCGAUUGCUCCAAAUUCCAUCUACUUCUCAAGGCCACCAAAGGUCAUAAGCUCUAUCCACUGGAAAAUGUGUCGGUGUCAUCGAGAUCUACAACCGCCGUGACUACUAUCUCUCUUCCGGAGGAUUCUGAGAUCUCAUUCGAGUACACCAUCGACAGCACAAAUUCCAGACAAGUAAACGUGAUCUCGGAGACUGAUAAUGCCGAGUGUUGGAUCACGGGAGCGGUGUUUCUGGAAGAUGAUAAAAUAUUGAUGGCGGACAACAGAAAUUUGAAAUUAAAGUUAUUUUCCGCUAAUUUCAAUUUGAUAACUGAGGAGGAUUCUUUCAAACCUUACGAUUUAACUUUACUGGAUAAUGAAACAGUGGCAGUAAGCGACGCAGGAUGUGUCAGGUUUUGUAACAUCGAACGAAAUACGCUGAAAGUGACAAAAACGUAUAAUGGCGACUGGAAGAUUUACGUACCAAAAGUUCUUCCUGUGCCUGGCUACUGUAGAGGAAUAUGCUCAAAUAAAGGGAAAAUAGCAUUGUGUUCCGGCAAGGACUUGGACAAACGAAUAAUCGUCCAGGAUGUUGAAAUUGUUCGCCAUAUUUGGCAAGACCUAGAUGGAAAAAGUUUGUUCAGAGAGCCAUGGUAUUGCGUGAUGAAUGAAUCUGCCAGUCUGAUCUUCGUGGCGGAUGGGGUGGGGGUAGAAGGUCACGUGACCUGUAUUACGACCCAGGGCCGUUUGAGGUGGAAACAUAAAUUCGAAAUGCCCAGGGGUCUGUGUAUCUGCGGGGAUCAUUUAUUUGUUGCAGACAUGAAAGAUAACAUUAUCAAGGUCAUUUCAUUUGAUGGAAAAGAAGUGAAGACAUUGCUAACACGAAAAGACGGGAUUCAGCGGCCACAGACCGUCGCCAUCAACAGUACGGGUGACAAGCUCCUAGUGUCGUCCUGUCCUCCCUACAAUAAUAACUAUGUCUCCAUAUUUGACCUCACCUAUAAAAAGGGAAGACAAAGACGACCCGAAUCAGCAAAACCAGCAGUCAGGAUACAAAGUGGACUUUGUACUGUGAGCUGAAAAGUUAUUCCGCUCAUGAUCUGGUAUCAAAGAAGAAACUACUUGGACAAACAAACAAUUGUCCAGGAUGUUGAAAUUGUUCGCCAUAUUUGGAAUAUGGCAAGACCUAGAUGGCAUUACCAGACUCUAUCAUUUGUACACGCGCAUCUACAACUUUCUAUUCUAAAUCGGCAAAAUGGGUAUCGCUCCGUUCCUUUCGCUCCAUCACAUCUUCCCUAAACGCGAAGAAAGGAAAAGCGAAUGGCCUGAUCAAAACACCAUGAUUUCGCGUACAUGUAGUUAUCGUUUGUUUUAUUGGUUUGGAAUUACAAUGGGACCAAGUUUUUUUUUCCUUCUUCUUUAUUUUUUUUAGUUUAUUAAACUUAAGACUGCAUAUGGUGUUUAUCUCUCUCAAAUGAUUCGAUAAGCGAGAGCAUGUUCUUCAUGCAAUUGAUUUUUCGAGGUGACGUAAGUCAGCCUCGUAUGUCAGACCCCAGCUUCAAUGGCGCCCUGUUUUAAUCACUACCAUUUGCGAAAUCACUUUGAUUUUUAAUAUAAGAAAUUUGUUGUCACAUAUGCUAAUGCAACGUAAAAGCUGUCACAAUUCACUUUGAGAUUGAUAUAGGAUCCAUAUGUUUACCCUCUACGAUAAGCGAGUUAAAUAAGAAUUUAUGAAAUCGCAAUUUUUAUCCCUUCGAUAUGAAACAAAGUCCACACAUCAAAAGGAAUCGCGAAUUAGUGUUUAGGUUUGUAAACAAGAUCAAAAUUAUUUGUCGUUUGCCAACAUUUUAUUCCACGAUCUUAGAAAAACAGAAUUGGACUGUAGGAAACGAUUUGCAUUGCUUCUGUAUUCAUUCGCAUUGUCACAUAUAGACGGGGAAAACAUGGUCUAUUUUUCUCUAGGAAUUCUGGGUAAACAGCUGUCUCCUCUUAUGUCUGAAAAUUAUGUUAAUUAGCCGAUUUAUCGCCUAUCAAAAAAUAGUUCACAUUGAUACUAUGUUCCAUUUUUAUUAAACUGUUAUAUAUAAAUUCUGUUUUAUGUCAGAUUGAAGAAGUCUUCCUUGUAUGUGAUCUGUUGUAUUUAUCAAGCAGAAAUUGUGUGUAAUUAGAAUUUUAAUAUUAAACUCUGCACUAUUUCUCUGUAUCCAUACGCGCCACGCUAUCCUGUUUAUCAACAAGGAGAAAACGUCUUGCCUGAGAGAACUGAUAUAUUCUUACCAACGCAUUAACUCAAGAUAAUUAUCUGAAACCCAAUGUGUUAAUUUCGUACAAUUUUACCAAAAUAUUUCUUUUGAACGCAUUUUUGAGAUUUUAAUACUAAAUCUGGGUGUAAACAUGUAAUCUUCGAUCGAAAGGGCCGAGCGCCAUUUCCCGCGCUCUUUCAUGGUCAAGUCAGAUAGCUGUAAACAUUGAUUAAGAAAUAUAAAUGAACAUGUUUUUGUGAAUAUAUUUGUUAUUCAAGAAAAGAACUCCAUUGGAAGUAAUAUAUUGGAAAUCAAGUUUACAUUUCUUUGUCACGAAAUAUGAUUUAUCUCAAGAGUUGAAUGAAUUAUCUUAAGAGUUGACACUUGUUUUCAAGAGUUGAUAUUUCAAGAGUGGAAAUUUUCUUGGACUGGUUUAACUUUGACUCAAGAAUUGAAUGAGUUAUUUCAAGAGUUGACAGUUGUUGUCGUCAUCAGAUAUGAAGGGU